CUGCUGCUGCUGCCGCCGCCUGCAGCUCUGCAGCCAGCUCUGCUCCAGCGGCUCCGUAAGGCGAGCCAAUGAUCGCUCUCGUGCCGACGCCGGGGAAGGCCUGGGAAGGAAGUGCUGCUGGGGAAGCGAUGCGACUUCGCUGGAUUUGGCAGGCAUGAACCGCUUUGGAGAUCUCACCAUGUCCUUCAAGAAGGAAACACCACUUGCAAAUGCUGCGUUUUGGGCUGCAAGGAAAGGAAACUUGGCACUUCUCCAGCUGCUGUUGAACAGUGGGCGUGUGGAUGUGGACUGCAAAGACAGUCUUGGUUCAACAACUCUAAUGGUAGCAUCGUACUAUGGUCACAAAGAAUGCGUGCGAGAAUUGGUGCUGCAAGGAGCUGAUAUCAACCUUCAGAGAGAGUCUGGUGCCACUGCCCUGUUCUUUGCUGCACAACAAGGUCACAAUGAUAUUGUGAAGUUUCUCUUUGAGUAUGGAGCCUCCACAGAAUUUAAAACCAAAGACGGAGGCACUGCUCUGUUAGCUGCGUGUCAGUACGGGCACAUGAGAGUGGUGGAGACAUUGCUGAAGCACGGUGCCAACGUUCACGAUCAGCUUUAUGACGGAGCUACUUCCCUUUUCCUGGCUGCCCAAGGUGGUUACCUGGAUUUAAUUCGGCUAUUGCUGUCUUCUGGAGCAAAGGUCAACCAGCCAAGGCAGGGGGAAACGGGUUUUCAUCAAGGAUUCAAGUUCAUUUUGUCCUUGAGUUCCAGCCAGAAUCUUGUGGUGAGCUGCCAGAGCUGUUCAGCGUGCUGCCUGUAUCAAACUGAUUGGUCCUGUUUUGCAUGUUAUUUCGUCUUCUUCUUAAAGGAUGGGACAGCUCCAUUGUGGAUAGCCUCUCAGAUGGGUCAUAGUGAGGUAGUGCGAGUGAUGCUGCUCCGAGGAGCAGAACGAGAUGCUACAAGGAGUGAUGGCACAACUGCUUUACUUAAAGCCGCGAACAAAGGAUAUAGUGAUGUUAUAGAGGAAUUGCUUAAAUUCUCUCCUACGCUUGGUUUAUUGAAGAAUGGAACAUCAGCUCUCCAUGCAGCUGUUCUUGGGGGCAGCGCUAAAGCAGUAGCACUACUCAUAGAAGCAGGAGCAGAUCCGUUCCUUAGGAACAAGAAAAAUGAACUGCCUUCAGAUCUAACAAAAAAUGAGCGCAUCCUACAGCUCCUGCAGACCAGAGAAAAGCACCGAAAGAGCUAAUACAGCUUUGCAUCUCAAGAGAGAGCCAAUGAGCCCUGCCCAUAUUCGCCCUCAAGCAAAGAUAGUUAUCCUGCAGAACUGGAAAUGUUUUGCUGAGACUCAAACAACAUGCCCCGACUCUUCCUCUGUGAUCAAGGUCGGGAUUCUCCAUGGAGUGGCACUGCUAAGGUCCUAACACCACUGAACUCACCAGAUUUUUGUCUCUGGCUUCAGAUGCAGGGAAGACUGGGUCGCUAAGUGGCUUUCCUGAAUAAAGUCUUUUUCUGUUCCAGAGAAAUAUUC